GGAGGAUCCCAACACAGAGAGCCCUGAAAGAGACCUUCAGCAAAGUGGUGCUUGAAGAGUGAUGCUCUCAAAAUGAAAAGGUGCUGUGAGGGUGUUGGGCUGCCAUGCCUGUUUAAGGGUGUUGGCAUGGCCAACUCCCGGCCUCCCAAGUACCUCCUGGUCUUUGAUUUCGAUGAGACCAUCAUCAAUGAGAACAGCGACGACUCCAUCGUGCGUGCAGCACCGGGGCAGGCGCUGCCUGAGCACAUCCGACAGAGCUUCCGCGAGGGCUUCUACAAUGAGUACAUGCAGCGUGUCCUGGCCUACAUGGGGGACCAGGGCGUCAAGAUGGGGGACUUCAAGGCCGUCUAUGAGAACAUUCCCCUGUCUCCAGGCAUGCCUGACCUCUUCCAGUUCCUCUCCAAGAACCACGAGCUCUUUGAGAUCAUCCUCAUCUCCGACGCCAACAUGUUUGGCAUCGAGUGCAAACUGAGGGCAGCCGGUUUUUAUUCCCUCUUCCGUAAAAUCUUCAGCAACCCGUCCAGCUUUGACAAGAGGGGUUACUUCACCUUGGGGCCCUACCACAGCCACAAGUGCCUUGACUGCCCAGCCAAUAUGUGCAAACGCAAAAUCCUGACGGAGUACCUGGCCGAGAGAGCGCAGGAAGAGGUGGAGUUUGAGAGGGUGUUUUACGUUGGGGAUGGUGCCAAUGACUUCUGCCCUUCGGUGACUUUGACUUCAGCUGACGUUGCUUUCCCCCGGAAGGGCUACCCCAUGCACCAGAUGACCCAGGAGAUGGAGAAGAAGCAGCCUGGAGCUUUCCAGGCCACUGUUGUUCCCUGGGAGUCAGCUACCGAGGUUGCCCGCUAUCUGCAGGAGCUCCUCAAGAAGAAGUGCUGAGGAUGGAUGGCUCCAAAGAGGUUUGUUUACGACAAACAGCUGGGAAGGGAGAAGGCUGGAAGGUCACGUCCUGCACCCCGUGUUUAUUUGGCACUGCUCACUUGGACUUUGAUUCCUGGACUGCUUUCCUGCCUUCCUCUCCGAGCUCCUAUCUCCCCAGUGAUUGAAGCACUUUCUCUCCCCCUACGUCCUUUCCUCUUCCCUCUGCCACAUUGAGAUGAAGUCUUCUCUAUGCAGCUUAGACGGCUUCUCUGCUGUUGGUGGUUGGCAACACUAAUGGUAUGGUUUGGUUUUUUCCCUUUUUGACUUCACAAAAGCAGUUCUUUACCAUCCACAAGUCAGCUCUCCUGCAGGCUGAGCCCUGCACGUGAUUCCUCUUGACUUCACCCCUCUCACCUCCUGCCCAUCUCCACUCUCCAUGCAGGAGCCUCAUGCUGUUGCCUUGAACCCAGUGCUCCAAGGGCUCUUUGCCUCGCCAGGAAGCCACGAGAAAUUUGGUCUGAGCAGUUUGUGCUGCCCAGGCUCCCCGGCUCACCAUGCAUCCCACUCCUUGCUCAGCAGAUGAGCCUCGCACAGGAGUUUAUUGUCCCUUCAGACUUCAUUUUCUGAAGAGAAAAAUCAUGAGAAAUCAAGGAAACCUUUUGGAAGGUUGGUACCAUGCAAAAAUAAAAAGCAACCCUCCUUCAGUUCCCAUUGCCCUCACCCCAUUUUUCUGGGGGGGAGGCAGAACGGCCACAUCCUGCUUGAGGAGAAGGACCUGACUUCACCUUUCUCUUCCUCCCCAUCACUUCUCCUCCUGGGGCAGCAGCCCCCCAGUGCAGACAGCUCAUCUCCAUGUCUUUGCUGGGUCGUGUUGACUGCCCUGCAACCUCCUGCCUUGGUCCAGAGGUGCUGAAAUCCUCCCAGCUGGAGAGAAAGGUGCUUUAGCACUUCUGGUAUCAGCUCCCCCAGAGGCCAAACCCUCUUACACCACCACAGUGUUAAUUGCCCAUUCUAAUUGCACUCUGUAAAAGGGAGCUUGCAGUAUUUUGCUCUCUGGUGUUGGCUUUUCCUGGAUUUAUCCACAGCCUUAAAUGACCCCCGAGAGUGGCUUGUAACUACUCCAAAGCAUAGAAAUCCUGGCAACAAAUCAGAGAGGUAAGGAAAUAACCAAAGUAGCCCUGAGAUGAUCCUCCUUUAUUUCAUUUUUUCCCCCUUUUCUUCGUUCUUCCUCGUCUGGACACUGUUCAACUGUGUGGAACUUAAAGCCAUGGAAUUAAAAAAAAAAUACAUAUAUAUGUAUAUAGAUAUAUAUCUAUAUAUUACAGAUACACAAGUUCUUUGUAUCCAGAACAUAAACCUGAGUGUGAAAUGGC